CUAUGCAUGCAUGCGGUAGUGUGUCACUUUAGACUUCUAUUCAAAAGAAAGAAAAACAAGCCCAAAAGACAAAUAGCGAUGAUUACACUAAUUCAUCACCUUUUAUCAACAUUCUAAAAUAGGAACCCUCUCUUUCUCUAUCUAUUGACUAUAUAUAGAUACUACUUCAUGCUUUCAUAACAACCUUAAGCCUUCAUAUUUUUUUGAAGUCCUUUCUCUCCUUUUCUCUGUCUCUCUGAAUCUAAUAGAUUAUUUUCUCCACAAAGAUCAAAGCUUUUCAUGGCCGUUCGUAUAUUGACCAUCUGGCUUUUCAUAGUCUUCGCCAUCAUCGUCGUGGUCUCGCCGUUGCCAGUUUCUUCAAGAAAGCUGUUGGAGAUGAAGAAACAAGAGAACUUGACCGUGAGAGAGGAAGAGAAGAAUCACAUGCCUCACGUGACCAAAACCACAACCCUAACUGCUCUGCCAAAGGGAAAAAUCCAAAACUCGACGCCGAGCAAAAAGGGUUACGCCGUCAUCUCCAACGUAAAGCACCGAUCUCGACAUCUCUCCACCGUUUACCGGCUUCUUCAGUCCGUUCCCAGUCCCGGCGUUGGCCAUUGAGAGUCUCCGUUAGACUCCUACUUCAUUUUUGCUUUAAUUUUUUUUUUUGGUCAAGUUAGUACAUUCUUUAAUAUACCAUGGUAGUAGUUAGUACAUUCUUUAAUAUACCAUGGUAGUAUUACUACCCGUGUGCUUUACCCUUUGGUAGUCUAAGGAAACCACUGACCAGUAAUAUACGGUUAUGGCACAAGUGUUCUGGGAUUUGAAAAAUAAGUUACUUGGUGUAAUUUUUAUAUAUCGAUCAUUUGAACCUUGGUGUAAAAGCAAAUCUCUAACAAACAAUUAAAUGAAUAAAAUAAAUAACCAUAAUAAAAAAAAUGUCAGACUACAUUUAAAAGUUAUAGUGUUCUACGUUGCUAUACUAAAGUUCCACAGAUGUGUGUUAACAAAGUAGAAAUUACCGGUUUAGUAACAGUGUUUUACAUCUUAUGUUGUUGUUGUGAUGGCGACAAAGAAUUGGAAAUCUAUUAUAUUAACUCUAACUCAUGGAGAGGAGUAUUGAUUUCACUUUGGACUGCGACGUAGAAUUGAUUGAAUGGGGCGUGUUUUUGAAGGAAAUCAUGCUUGGUAGUUGGUGGUAUUACAACUCUUGGGCUGAAAUACAAAUUAGUGGUCGUCUUAAAACCAACCGACAUGUGAAUGAACAGUGCUUUACAUUUUUGUUUAUAUUUUCUUUACGUCAUUAGUGCAUUGUAUUACACUACUACUAACAAUAAUUUUCACAUGAGUAAUAGAAUCGCUGGGAUCCCGUAGAAUCGAUUGUCCGGAUGGGCAGGCCCGCAGGCCGCAGAGAGAGUUGUGAUAUCAAUUACUUUGGUUAGGGUUAGUCAACUUAUUACAAUUCUGACAAUGAACUCAAUUAACGUUUCUCUUGCUAUCAGGCCCGGCCCAGCAAUCGCAAGAGCCCUAGGCAACAACAAAAUAUGAGCGAGCGCUUCAAUCUAUAUAAAAUGUGAUUUUGGCCUCGAAACUUUUAUUAAAUACAUGCUAAAUACAUACCACUUUUGGCGCAAAUUUUUAAAUAUGGACCUUUAUUGAUAAGAUUUUGUUUAACGAAGUUAUGUAUCCGUGGAUUCCAUAUAUUCUUCUAGGGCAAAAUCUUAACAAUGUAAUUUAACUUCUCUUUGGAGAGUAUAUCCUUUUCAAACCUUUGAUUUAUAAAAUUCGUAGUAAAUAAUCCGAGAAUUUAAACCAAUAGACCUACUCGUCUUUGAUAAAAUAAAAUUAAAAUUAAAAACUAAAAGCGUUUCCAACCCAUAAGUAUUUUGACUUGAACUAUAAUAAAGAAAAAUUAACUUCCAUCCACCUCUAUUUUUUCUUCUAACCUAGAUAUUGCUAUUUUCACUUCUAUAUUUACAGAAAAAUAGCAUUCAUUUAUAACAUAGAGACAUUUUUUUAUAUGAAGAAUUUUCUACGGAUAGUCUUUUUAGUUAUUUUCAUAAAAGAGCAUUCAAGUAAAAAAAUGAUCAAAGAGGCUUUAUUAAAGAUAAAUAUACUUUUAUAUCCUUAUGGUUAACUAAUCCUAAACUUUGAGCUUAUAGUUAAGGGGCGGGGUUUAAAAAUUUUUAAAAUAGAAAAUAAAUCUUGAAAAUUUAAAAAUAAAAUUUUAAAAAUAGUUUCAAAAAGUAUUUUCGAAUUUCAAAAAUAAAAUAUACAAAAAUUAAAAAUGAAAAUUAGUAAAAUUAUUGAAUUUGAAAACAUAUAAUUCAAAAUUAUUAAAUAUAUAUAUAUAUAUAUAUAUAUUUAUUUAUAGAUCCAUAAACAAAUGGGUACAAGGAUUUUGUGACAAAAACAUGAUUUGAUCAUUUUCUUCUUUGAAUGUUUUUUUUGUGACAAUAACUUAAAAUGAGCUAUUUGAGAGAAUUGUCAUUUUUAUUUACAAAAUGAUCCUUUGACUAUUUACUUUAAUAAUUACUAUAUUAGGACCCGCGCUUUGGAAGCACGGGAUUUGUUUCAGGUAAAAUUCAAAGUUAUCAAAUCAUGUAUACUUCGUUUGUAUAUUGUGUGCGUAAUAUUAUUUCAAGCAAUGAUAGAAAAAUAUAUGUUAUUGCGUUAAUGACAAACAAACUAGCUAAUUUUAAAGUAUAAAUUUAUUAUAUGUUAACUAUAACAUCAAGAUAGAGUAUUAUUUAUAUGCGAUGACGAUAUUUAUCUUAGUCAUAAAUAUUAUUGUACACAUCGCAUAGUUAUGAUUCUAAACAAAAACCUAAAUACAUCUUUAUUUUAUUAUUUUUUUGUUAAAGGAUAAAAUAAUAUUCAGCCCAUAAAUUAGUUAUUUUUUAAUAAAAUUUAUAAUAGCAAUAAUUACAAAAGCUUUUGUUGGCUAUAAUUAUUGUGAUGAUUUUUAUAAACUAUUUACAAAAUAUAUAUUCAGGAAUUAAAUUUAAAAUAAUAUCAUAUUGAAAAUAAUGUGUUUUAAUAUAAACAAUAUAUUACCUUAUCAGAUUAUUAAUAUUUGACUAAAUAAUUUAAUAUUAAAACAGUUUGCAAUAAAUCUAUUUAUAUAUUAUUAUUAUGUGUUUACCAAACAUAUUAUGUUGGGUCUGUAAUAUAAAUAACAAAUGAGCUCUAGCCCAUUAUAUUAACCUUAACAUGUUUAUAUUAUCUGAGAUUAAUAUGUGGACAAAACAUCAACUUUAUCCUACUGUCGGUUUCUCAAAAUUGAAGAAUAAGGCGAUCUACCGACGGACGACCUUAGUUUGAUGCUCAUCGGUAAAUUACCUGUUGUAACCGAUUACUUUCUUUCUUCCAAUAAGAUAGAACGUGUUGUGAUGACUUCAAAGAGAGUAAAAACGGAUUCAAAGUUUAAGCCGUAAAAAUUCAGAUGGACACCGAAACUCGAAAGAUUUCAUAUACACGUAAGGAAAAUCAUAUAAGGAGAUUCAGAUGGAAUGAGACCGUUUUUAGCGUAUAUCAGGCCAUAUUGGGAACAUGAAGUAUGUGCUUAAGAGCAGCUUGAUGAAGUAACCUCUGUUUGGUUGGGAGUUUAUCCCCGUUGAGCGGAGAUGGGAAGUUGAUGACGCGAACUUGAGGCAGAUAGUUUCGAGUUUAAAGGAACCAAGAGAUGCUUCUUUGAAGUUUCAUUCUUGUUUUAUAAACACUUUUGGUUUUAAACCUUUUCACCAUACAGAGAGGCUAAAUGCCAAAGCUGAACAUGGCUUACCAGUUCUGAACAACCUCCUGCUUCCAAAGACUAAAGGUUUCGUCUCUUGUUUGCAAGAACUAAGCUGCUAACUCGAUGCAGUUUAUGAUGUGAUCAAAGUAUGCAUAAGACUCGUUACUGAACGCGUUCCAGCUAAAAGACCAGCUUCUUAGUGAGUUAUACUCUCGCGGCCAUUUCCCUAACGAAGAAACAGAGAAGGAGUUCAACACAAUGAAGUGCCUCAUAAACUGCUCGGCAGUGAUUGUCUUCACGGUCGAUAUGUUUUUGUGCUGAGCAAUGUAUAUCAGGGCGCAUCUUUGAAGUCGAGGUGUUAUCUGGAAUAUCAACAAUGUCGUCCACUGAUCGCUUAGAAGGAGUUGCCAUCUUGCUAGAGAUUUCAUCACUAUAUUACCUCGAAAGGCCCCUAUUUUAGUGAAGCGGAUGAGACAAAACAACAACUUCAAAUUGUGCUUCCUCUCUAUGAGAUUCCAUAUCCUCGGCAAACUUUCCCCACAAACAACAUGGUGUGGAGAAUUUUGGCUUCGAUCAACCAGGCUGUCUUCCAUGGACGAAUCUCAUCAAGUGAUAAUAUACGCAAUACAAUAAUAUAAAAGAGGGAUUUCGCAGAUGGCAUGUAACCUGAUAUUAGAAAAAAUAAGGUAAACCAUCAACAUUAAAUCUAUAAUAGUACAACUGCGUUAGGAAUGGAACUGAUUCUGGAUAGUUAGGAAAAUGUGGGCUUUAUGCUGCUUGAUGGUUUCCAAAUGCAGAUUAUUUUAUAACUCUUGAUGUUAUUGAAACAUUAAAAUUAUUAUAUAUGUUAAACAAUUAAAAUUAGAAUUUAUAGUCAUAAAUACGUUAACAUAUACAUAAGAUAUUUUUAUUAAACAAAUGUAGUAGCUUAAUGUAAAAUCCCAUUAAAAAUAAAAAAAAAUUAAUAAAUCAAAAAGCACUAAAAAGUAAAAACAUAACAUAAAUUAAGACUAAAAAUAAAUAACACAGAGAAAAGUAUCAUAGAGUAUAACUUAUAUCAGCCACUUUUAUUCUUGUUGCCUUCAUCAUUGAUGCAUUGCUUCUUCCUUGAAUAAGUUAACAUCUGGUGGAGUGACUUGAUUCUCUUCCACAUAAUAUCAUUAAGAUUCCAAACUUUCAUGGCAUUGAAUUUUUCAGCACCACCAAUCAUAUUAUUUUCAUCAUCUGAAAUCCCAAAUCCAUAAGUUUUGCCAUAUAUCUCCACAAUCUCAGGUGGUAAAACUUCUUGAUCUUCAAUCUAUUAUAAGCAGUUAGACUAAUUGGAUAAUGGUCAGUGGACACGAAUUUAUAUUGUUAUAUUUAAAAAAUAAAUAAUAUAUAACCUCAGCCAAUGAAAGUUUCACAAUUUUUGUUGCUGUAGUUUUCACAAUAAGUUUUGCUUAUGUGUCCAGAAGAGUGAAUUUAGACUCACCAGUUUGAUCCUGCACAAGCAAAUCCAACUUGUACCUGAAUAAAAAUAUACAAUUCAAUUGUAUCGUAUUAGAAAAAGUAGAAUUACAUUUAUAUAACUCAAAAAUGUUAUUAAAAAUAAAUAACCUUGGUGAAACCAUGGUAACAAUACACCGGCAAAAUUCACACCACCAUGUUGGGCAAUUAUUUCAUCAAAUGAAACAGUUGGUUUCAAAACCUUAUUCUUGCAGACCAUACAAUCUAGAUAAUACCAUCCACUUGAGGUAUCAAUAGCAUAGACCGUACAGAUUACUCUACAAUUUCCACCCUACAAACAACAAUACAUUUAUGUAUAAAUACGGUUAUAAUUUGAAAUAAAUUUAGGAUUUCAAUAUAACAAAACCUUAUCCGAGUGUUUUAUUUCUUGAAUGGUUUUGAAUGGAUAGUGGGACCAUUUCUUGCUCUGUUUCUGGAUCAGAAUCUUGUCAUUUUUAUGUUGGUACAGAUCAACAGCAUUAGCAUCACCAUGAAACCUAAAUGAAUAAACAACAUAAAGCCAAAAUAAAUUUCGCCACAACAUAAAAAUGUUAUACUAAUAUGUCUGCAUACAUUUGUUUAAGUGAUUUUGCUUCCUUGAUAUCUGGGUUUAUCAAAACCAAAGAAGUAUCAAAUGCAUUGGAGACUUGCAACUCACCUGAAACAAAAACAAAACAGAAGAAAAAAAUUAAUGAAAAAAAUAACAAAACAAGAUUUUGUUUUGUGAAUUAAUAAUGUGAUUAACCCUUGUAGUUGUUGAUUUUAGCAUAUAUGAUCAAACAAAUAUCUCCAUAGUUUGGUUGUUUGACAGCUUUUGUCAAAAUAUCAGCUAAGUUUCCGAAGAUGCAGCAAUUUAUGCGGUGGUUGCUGAGAUAGUUAAUAAAAACAGUACAUUAGAAAUACAAAAUUAAACACUACCAUGAAAUUAUGUAAAUGGAAAACUUACUUGAUAUCUCUAAGAGUAAACUCCACUUUGGUUACCUCUUUUCUUGCACAAUGAACAUUUUGUAGACCACCAAAGUCUAAGACUUCACCAAUCACAUCCGUUAUACAAAUAUAUAAGUGUUUUAUGAAGCACAAAAAUAAAUAUAUAAAUUUUUUAAAAAAAUCGCAUAAAAUUAGAAAUUACCUUUAAGAAAACAUGUGUCAUGUAAACCAUUUACAAUGUUGGCAAAAUCAUGGAGCUCGAGGAACAUGCUGUCGCAUUGGAGAUUAGAAUCCGUAGUUAAAGUUUGACUCACAAAAUCCAUUUUGUAAACAUGAUUGGUGGGUCUGUAAAGACCGGUCGCUGGACUUAAGGUAAAGUUAGAAUAACUUUCCAUUCUCCAACUCAAAAGUGUUUCUCGAAGUGUUGCAACAACGACUGUUUGCAACUGGCAUGAAUUUUCACACCCUAAAACAUGUCAAAAUAAAGAUGAAGUAAGGAUGGAUUUUCUUAAUGUAUACUAAACAUAUAAUAUAGAAAACAGGUAGGGCAUUGGGUUUACAUUUUCGUCAGCUAGAACCAUCUCAAUGGAAGAACCAAAGUUGGGAUUGCAUGACUUCCACGUAUGAAGAACUUUCACGUGAACACUCCAUGCAGUUUUGAAAGGCUGAAGAUCAUUUAGAUAGCUGAUGUUGAUUAAGGAACCCAUAAGUAUAGAUGACGGUAGACACGUUGGAGGUUUAGAAUGGUUAUAUUUGCUGUGUUUGAAAGACUUUUUAUAUACUUCAUAUCGCAGGUAAAUUAGUUAGGCGAGCAAAAUUGAAUAAAAUCGUGAUAUAUUAGGAAUAUUCUAUGGAUAUAAUUAUUCAAAAUCUUAUAAAUUACAACAAUAAAUGAUUUGUGUUCUUAGAUGAUUGAAUUUGUUCAACUUGGAUAGGAUUUCAUUAAAUAGUUACGAUUUUUAUACCAGAGUAUGCUUAUCCAGCUAGUUUCAAAUGUUAAAUAAAUACAUUUGGAAUAAAAUAUGUAAGUGCAUUAGCGAAUUUGUUUCAUAGUAGUUAAUAUCGAAUUUGUUUCAUAAUUUUUAAUAUCUAAUUUGUUACAAAGUUGUUAGUAUCUAUAUUUAUACACAAAUUUGAAAAAACUUAAUUUCGAUUUGAAACCAUAGUUUAAAUAUUUAAAAAUUAUAAACGAAUUGAAACCCAUUAUAUGUAUCCACUUGUAGAUAGUUUGCUCAUCCUAUAUGCUAUAACGUUUGAAGCAAUGUCUGGUUAUUCUUGAUAUGCUAUUAGAUUUGUUUUGAAUUUUAAAGAUCGCAUCUAUAAACAUAUGUGUAAUGAUAUUGGUGGCAUAAUUUGAGAUUUGAGAUUAACCGUAUAAGUAAUCUUUACAGGUAGAUUAAUAAACGUCUAAUUUAACAGUUAUGAUUAAUAUUGAUGAGUAAUGCGAGAAGGAGAAAGAUGUAUAAAUGGCGCUGGAAGAACAAAAUGGUGGUGAAGAGGAUUUGCGAUCUCUAUCUGGUUUUUAUUUCUAUAUUUGUUUUGAAAGUAUUAUCAAAAGAUGUUGAAUGAAUCGUGGCCGUGUGAUCUGUUUGAUAUCCAGUAAAUACUCAGAUCACAAAUUAUUUGUCAUUUAAGUAAUAAAAUAUAAAAAAAAUUAAUCAAAAGCACAGACUUAAAAUAUUCCAGUGGCAUAAAGUUGUAAAUAUUAUUGAAACAGGAGGCAUCUCAAAAAGGGUCUUCUGUUUUAAUAGUAUUGAUAACCUAAAAUAAAUAUUUUUUUUAGAAAAAUAUAUUUUUUAUAUAAAUAUAAUUGUACUUUUUUAUUUAAACAAUAUUUAGUUUAUAAAUAAUAUCAUAAUUUUAUGAAAAAAACAAAUAAGUUGGAUUAAUUUUUAACUUUCACAAAUAAAAAGUAUUAUUUGUAAAUUAAAAGAAUAUAACAAUAAUAUUUCUUUUUAGAAGAAAAUAUAAAAAAAUACAUUGGAGACAAAACAAUCUUUAUCAUAGAGUUUUUCUUAUUUUAGAACUGAAAAUAGAAAAAUACAUUGGAAAUGAUCUAAUGAGUUGCAUUUUUGUGCUGAUAUUUCACAUUUUCAUAAAUUUACCUCUUCUUCAUCCUGCUUUGUGCCGAUAAUUUCCCACUUACUAGAGAUGCUCCGAGUUUCCUUCUUUUGUUCAGAAGGCAAAAUUAAGUGACCUCAAGACAGAUGAAGAAGAGAAAAAUUCACGAGAGCAAUAGUAGUUUCUUCUUUAUUUUUGAAUACCUCGACUCCUUGAGCAAUAGUAGCCUAUAGAAGUUAAAUGGGUUAAUGAAAGAGGAGGAUAAUAGGGUAUUCAUCACUCAAGCUGAUCUCUUUCACUAAGGUGUCAAAUGCAGACAAUGCCAUUUUGUACUCUCCAUCUGAAAGUAUAAUUGUGUAUUUUUGAGUAUCCCUUCGUUUAAACUUUAUAGAAACCCAGACUUGUUCCUCACAUAAUGUUUAAACAAGACUUUCCAUAUGUUAAUAUCCAUAUUUACAACCUUACUAGGUGAUAACCCGCACCCUGCGCAGGACGAGGAGAUUAUUAAAGUAUUAUAACUUUUAAUAUGUAGACAUAAUAAAAGUUAAAGGCAUAGUAAGAAAAAUAUAUGUAAGAAAGUACGGAUUAUAGCUAGGAAUUUUAGUAUGUCAAUAUAAAUUUAUAUGCGAUGGCCAUUAAAAUUAAAUUGUAUAUUUGUUUGCAUGCGGGUAAAUUAUAAAUAUAAUAUUAAAUGAAACAUAAGCAAUAGUCUAAUAAAAUAUAAAAAGAACAAUGUAUAAAAAACAAAAGAAAAUUAAAAAUAGAGACAAAAUAACUGCUGUCAAUAAUGCCUUCAGAAGUCUUCGUUUGCAAUCCUAUUAUGAGCAAUAGCAAAGAGAUCAUCUAGAGAAUUUAAAAAUAUUAUUUAACAAAAUAUGUGAAUGCAUGUAUUACCUCAAUCUUAAAGCAUCAAUUUCUGGAACACCAAUGGGGUCGAAGACAAUUUUGGAAAUCCCAUCAAUGUUAGUAACCCUCUUAAGUCGGCCUUAUUAUGAAAUAUGAAAAAUAUUAGCAAAAUA